AUGAGUUACGACACGGCCGUUGAGAGCCAGUCGGUUCCAUCGCGCGGCGGAGCGAUCUCCAUGGAGCAGCACCGGCGCGGACGGCUGCUGAAGCAGCAGCUGCAGCUGGUAGCGCGGAAGACGCCGGACGGCAAGGAGCGCAAGGAAAUCGCGGUGAUCCCGGAAACCCUAUCCUUCGAGAAGGGCUUCUUUCUGUUCAUUCGAGCCGUGCAGCUGCUAACUCAGGUCCUAAACUUCAUGCCUGGCAUCACGGUAAUAUCUAUGGACAACUACAACGUGGCCAGUCGCGUCAUUGAUGGCAAUUUUGAUGUGCAGGUGCCGAUCUAUGACUUCAAGGUGCAACACGCGAGUGGGGUUGAGCUGAGGAGGAAGUGUGAAGGUGGCGGUGAGGGGGAAUUGAGAGAUGGGUGCCGACAAGCACCCGAAUCCGACCCUGCCGAAGCUGAGGCUCGGAUCCGGUCCGUGCUGUCUGCUGAGGCAGUGGCAGGCUCGGAGAGCGAGGAGACGUACGACAUCUACCUGCUGCCGCCCGGGGAGGACAAGGAGACGUGCCAGUCGUACCUGAGAAUGCGCAACAGAGACGGGCGCUACUCCCUCAUGUUUGAGGAGUGCGUCACAGACGGUCCCUUUGUGAUAACCCCGCGCAUCACCUUCGAAGUGAGUGUGCGGCUGCUGGGGGGGCUGAUGGCGCUGGGCUACGAGAUGGCGCACAUCCUCCGCAGGGAGUCGCGCGUUUUCAGGGACAAGCAGCAGCACAUUGUUGUGAAAGUCGACCGCCUCGAGCAGAUAAAGAAGACGUUCAUGCAGGGUGCAGGACCGCAAGCGAGUGAGGGAGAUAACAGCGCAGCUGGGCAUGGAGGGGCGGUACAGCCCGCGGCUGUCCAGGGCAAGGACCGCAAGCGAGUGCAGGGCAAGGACCGGAAGAGAGUCCAGGGCAAGGACCGGAAGCGAGUACGGGAUAUUGCAGGGCAGUUGGGCAUGGAGGGGCGGUACAGCCCACGGCUGUACAUUGAGGAGAUUCAGCUGCACAACCUCACAGAGGAAGUGCAAGCUUUAUCAGCGGAGAGUGUGCUCAAGGAGCGGUUCCGAGUGGCGGAUCACCUGCUGCCGUCUGGGAGCCCCAUGGGUGCCCCGCUCUCCUCCUCCCUCACCCCGCCUCUUGUGUCAUCCUCCUGGACUCUCGCAGAGAGUGUGCUCAAGGAGCGGUUUAGAGCGGCGGAUCACCUGCCGCCGUCAUGGGAGCCCCAUGGGGUGGUGCCACAGCCCUCAUCCUCAUUCACCACAUCCUCCGCUCGUGUCCUCCUCCGUGGACCCUCGGCCAACAAGUUGAUCCACUCGAAAGUUCUCUUUCUGUGCUCAGGCGUUUCUUGCCAAGCUGUGGAGUUCUCUUCUUCCUCCAUGGUUCAGGAAGUGGCGGUCUCAUCUUGCUGCCGUCCCGGGAGUCCCAGAGGCAGGUGGCCCCCUUCUCCUCCUCUUUUUGAAGUCGACUCAAAAGCAGUCCCGGGGAGUCCCCAGCGGCGGUGCCCCCCUUCUCCUCCUCUUUUGAGUCGGACUCAAAAGCAAGUGUCCUGGGAGUCCCAGAAGGGCGGUGCCCCCCUUCUCCUACCUCUUUUGAGUCGACUUCAAAAGCAGUCCGGGAGUCCCAGAGGGCGUCCGGGAGUCCCAGAGGCGGUGCCCCCUUCUCCUCCUCUUUUGAGUCGACUCAAAAGCAGUCCGGGGUCCCAGAGGCGGUGCCCCCUUCUCCUCCUCUUUUGA